AUGACUACACAAAAAGUUUUGAAUUUUGGCCCUGGUCCCGCAAAAAUUCCAGAACCUGUUCUGAAAAAAGCACAAGAUGAACUCCUAAAUUACAAUAACACUGGUAUGUCAAUUAUGGAACUUUCACACCGUUCCAAAGAAUUCGAAAAUCUUAUCAACAAGGCACAAAGAGAUUUACGAACUUUACUUAACAUUCCCAAUAAUUAUAAGAUACUAUUUAUGCAAGGUGGUGGGCACACUCAAUUUUCUGCUGUCGUUUAUAAUUUGUUGGCAGCUAAAAAAAGAAAACAAUUCGAUAAUAAUACUAUGAAAGGAGAAAUUAAUCCACCUUUGGAUUAUUUAGUCACUGGUUCUUGGUCAGCAAAAGCAGCAGCAGAAGCAAAAAAAUUAUAUAAUAACGUUAAUAUAGUAUUGGAUGUAAAAAAAUUAAGAGGAUCAUAUGGUUCAAUUCCACCUCGAGAAGAAUGGAAACUUAGUGGUCCAAAUGCAGCUUAUGUAUAUUAUUGUGAUAACGAAACCGUUAAUGGAGUAGAAUUUAAUUAUGUUCCUGAAAUUGAACCUUCUGUACCAUUAGUUUGUGACAUGUCUUCAAAUAUUCUUUCACGUAAAGUGGAUAUUUCAAAAUUUGGUUUAAUUUAUGCGGGAGCACAGAAAAAUAUUGGACCGGCAGGUGUGACAAUCGUAAUAGUUCGAGAAGAUUUAUUGACCAGAUUAGAAAUUUCGGAUUCUAAAUUACCAGCAAUUCCAUCAAUGUUAGAUUAUAAAGUUAUGGCAGAAAAUAAUUCACUUUAUAAUACACCACCAAUGUUUUCAAUUUAUGUAGCAAGUUUGGUGUUUGAAUGGUUGUUAGAAAAUGGUGGAAUUGAGGAAAUUGAAAAGAUCAAUUCUAUUAAAGCUGCCAAAUUAUAUGAUUGUAUUAAUAAAUCAAAAAUAUACAAGUCACCUGUUGAAGAGAGUGUAAGAUCAAGGAUGAAUGUACCAUUUAGAAUUCAACCAGAAGAAUUGGAAAAGGAAUUUUUAAAAGGAGCAGAUGAGUUGGGGAUGUUACAAUUAAAGGGACAUCGAAGUGUUGGUGGAAUCAGAGCUAGUAUUUAUAAUGCAGUUCCUUUAGAGGCUGUUGAAACAUUGAUUCAAUAUAUGCAAGAAUUCGAACGAAAACAUUCUCAAUGA